UGUGGAUGCGAUGACGCUGUGAACGUGGUUUUAAACCCCUGGGACCUCAGCCAGUUUAGCAUCCAGUAUCCCAACUCACAUUUCACACCACAACACCCGGAAAAAACCAUGCAAGAACGGCCGCCGUCUUGUGCGACCCGCCAUAGCAAAGGUAACGGAGGGCAUAUGUCUGCCAAUCUACCGUGGAGACUCACCAUGCUUAUGCUACUGUCAUUGCUCCUCAUUUCUUGUGGGGUUCGCAACGCCCGUUGCUCCAUAGUCCCUUCUGAUAACAGCAUGGACAUGCUCUGGUUGCUCGAUUUCAAGGCCGCAACCGACGACCCAACACAAUCCUUAAGCUCUUGGAACAGUAGCAUCCCCCAUUGCCUGUGGAAGGGCGUCAACUGUAGCCUGGCACACCCAGGGCGUGUCACUGCACUCAACCUCACCCGCCAAACCUUGCAAGGCAAAAUCGCUCCCUCUCUUGGAAAUCUAACCUUGCUCACAACACUGAUUCUCUCCUCAAACGGCUUUUUUGGUCAGUUGCCCACACAUAACCGCCUUCAUAGGCUGCAAUACCUUGAAUUGGGCAACAACAAGUUGCAGGGGUUCAAUCCUGAUGCACUAAGAAAUUGCUCCAACUUGUCCUAUCUAGACCUUUCUUUCAACUUGAUAACUAGCUCACUCCCCCCAAACAUCGGUUCCCUCUCCAGCCUUGUCCAAUUGGACCUUGCACAAAAUAGCUUCUUUGGCAUCAUCCCACCAAGUAUACAAAACAUCACCAAAUUAAAGUUUCUCGCUCUGUCAAAUAAUCAGAUCGAAGGUAACAUUCCGGUUGAGCUUGGGCACUUACCAGAUAUUACCAUGUUGCUUCUAGGGGGUAACAUGUUAUCCGGUAGAAUCCCAAGAACACUUCUAAACAAUUCUGCCCUUUCAGUCCUCGACUUGAAUUCGAAUUUUCUACAAAUGAAACUGCCUUCUAACAUUGGCGAUACUCUUCCAAAUCUCAUUGCGCUUCAAUUGCAGGACAAUAUGUUCGAGGGUAAAAUCCCUGCCUCCCUAGGCAACGCUUCAUUCCUAUUCAUAAUACAAUUAUCAUAUAACAAUCUUACCGGCCAAAUUCCGACUUCUUUCGGAAACCUUCGAGAUAUGACUUAUCUAGAACUCGAUCAUAACAAGUUGGAUGCAAAGGACAAUCAAGGAUGGAAAUUCUUAGAUGCAUUGAGCAAUUGUGGUUCUCUGCAAGUCCUCGGGUUAAAUGAUAAUCAUUUGAAUGGAGCCAUACCUAAUUCAGUUGGAAAUUUGUCGACUAGUCUUAAAGAACUUGGAUUCCAUUAUAACUACUUGUCCGGGACAGUUCCAGAGGGCAUACGAAAUCUUACUGGCUUAACUAUGCUGUUACUUGAUCAUAAUAACCUAACCGGUCCAAUUGGAACAUGGGUUGGAAAUUUUAAAAACUUAUCAGUUGUAAGUCUUUCAGAUAAUAAGUUCACUGGGCUGAUUCCAUCCUCCAUUGGCAGCUUAGCUCAGCUGACCGAACUCUUCUUCUCUCGAAAUAAUUUCGAAGGUCCUAUACCGCCCAGUUUGGGAAACCUUCCAUUUCUGUUACAGCUGGAUCUUAGUAAUAACAGUCUACAGGGCCAUAUUCCUAAUGAGCUCUUUAGUCGUCUCUCUGGAAUGACCAAUUGCAUAAUAUCCUAUAAUAACUUAGAUGGUCCAAUACCUCCGGAGGUUAGCAAUCUUAAACAACUUACGAAACUAGACCUUUCAUCGAACAAGCUCUCUGGUCAAAUCCCUGUCACUUUAGGCGAGUGUCAGGGGUUGGAGAUCCUCCUAGUGGACAACAAUUUUCUCUCAGGAAACAUUCCGAAGUCCAUGAGUGGUCUAAAAAGUUUGAGCAUGCUCAAUCUUUCGCAUAAUAAUUUGUCAGGAUCCAUCGCAACAGAGCUAAGUAAUCUUCCAUAUCUCACCCAGCUGGAUCUGUCUUAUAACAAUCUACAAGGUGAAAUACCAAGAGAUGGAGUAUUCAGAAAUGCUACAGCUACUUCAGUUGAGGGUAAUUGGGGGCUCUGUGGAGGUGCCAUGGAUCUUCACAUGCCCAUGUGUCCUACUGUUUCCCGGAAAUCAGAGACAGAAUACUAUUUGGUCAGAGCACUGAUUCCAUUAUUUGGCUUCAUGUCACUUAUAAUGCUGACUUAUGUUAUAUUCUUUGGCAAGAAGACGUCACAAAGAACAUACACAAUUUUGCUUUCUUUUGGUAAGAAGUUCCCUAGAGUUGCUUACAAUGAUCUAGCUGGAGCUACAGGGAAUUUCUCAGAGUUAAACCUUGUCGGAAGAGGAAGCUAUGGUUCAGUGUACAGAGGAAAGUUAACUCAAGCUAAAAUACAAGUGGCUAUAAAGGUUUUUGACCUUGAUAUGAAAUUUGCCGACAAAAGUUUUGUAACCGAAUGCGAGGUUCUGUGUAGAAUUCGGCACCGGAACCUGGUACCUAUCCUAACUGCGUGUUCAACAAUAGACAAUAAAGGUGAUCCUUUCAAAUCUCUAAUUUAUGAAUUCAUGCCUAAUGGAAAUUUGGACACAUGGUUGCAUAACAAAUAUUUGGGUAGUUCUACAAGAUGUUUGAGUUUAGCCCAAAGAACAAGCACAGCCAUUGGUAUUGCUGAUGCAUUGGCUUAUUUACACAAUGAUUGUGAAAGGCAGAUUGCACAUUGUGAUUUGAAGCCAACAAAUAUCCUUCUUGAUGAUGACAUGAAUGCUUAUUUGGGAGAUUUUGGCAUAGCAAGCCUCAUUGGACAUUCAACCUUAGACACCUCAAUGGGACUGAAGGGAACGAUAGGGUACAUCGCUCCUGAGUAUGGUCAAAGUGGGCAGGCAUCAACCCAUGGCGACGUUUACAGUUUUGGAAUAGUACUCCUAGAGAUGCUCAUUGGCAAAAGACCAACGGCGGAUCCUAUGUUUGAGAAUGAACUCAACAUGGUCAACUUUGUGCAGAGGAGCUAUCCGGAUAAGAUACAUCAUAUCAUUGAUGCCCGCCUCAGUGGAGAAUGCAAGAUCUAUAUCCGAACAAGCAUUGGAACAGAAAAUGCGGCCCAUGGAUGCGUACUAUCACUCAUGCAAGUGGCUUUGUCUUGUACGCGUCUGAUCCCAAGGGAACGCAUGAGCAUAAGAGAAGUAGCCAAUAAGUUGCAUUCAAUCCAAACAUUAUACAUUAGAGAGACCAAGCGAGAGCAAGUCUUGCUUCGCUAGAGUGGUUUGCACCGCAUCGGGUCAUGAUUGUAUUUUAAAGCAGGUUCAGUUCACAAUAGACAUAAAUAAAAGAAGAGAAAUUAGCCAUAA